GCUCUAGGCGUGCUUCUUCACUUGACUUCCACUCUGUGGACAAAGCAACAAAUUCUGCCCUCAGCGUCAACGAUUCUUCCUGGAAAACACCAUCAUUUUCAUUUGUCACCAAACUUCCACCACCACACCUUUUCAUAGCUAUUAUUAUGGAGAUUCGUUUUGAAGACAAAAAGGGUAGGACAUGUAUAGACAAAUUGCUUAGAAACCUGUGUCCGCUUUCCCUUUCUUGAUGCACCUAUACUUGGUCUGUUUCUAGUUUCUUUCUGCAUAUUGAGCCACCUUAUUUUCUGGUUUUCCCAAACUAGAUUGUCAUAACUUUUUUCCUUCUCAGACUUCCUCAUGUCCUCGUUACUCUCAACUUCCUCGUCUAUUCCUAGACAAAAAGAAUAUGAUGUAUUCUUGAGUUUUAGAGGUGAAGAUACUCGUCAUAACUUCACAGACCAUCUCUAUGAUGCUUUGAGAAGGAGCGGAAUCGUCACUUUCAGGGAUGAUCCAAAGCUAGAGGCCGGUGAAGAGAUUGCACCUGAGCUCUUCAAAGCAAUUCAACAAUCAUGGUGCUCAGUAAUCGUUUUCUCGGAAAACUAUGUCUUUUCAGGUUGGUGCUUGGAGGAACUUGCUGAGAUUGUUAAACAGAAAAAGGAGAAUGGUCAUAAAGUAUUUCCAAUUUUCUAUGGUGUGGAUCCAUCUGAUUUAAGAAAACAAAAAGAGAAAGUUGAAGCAGCUUUUGCAAAACAUGAAGAGAAAUACAAGGAAGAUGAAGCAAAGAUCCAAAGGUGGAGAAAUGCUUUAACUGAAGUGGCUAAUAUCAAGGGAUGGCACUCAAAUAAUGGGCAUGAAUCAGAAUUUAUUGGAGACAUUGUCAAAAAAAUAUCAGCAAAGUUAUGUCAAACAUAUCCAAUUGACCAUGAUGAGUUAGUCGGAAUCAGUCCAAGCUUGGACGAGUUGCAUUCGGAAAUAGAAAUUGGGGAAGAUGAUAUCCGUAUCAUAGGAAUUUGUGGUAUGGGUGGCAUUGGCAAAACGACUCUUGCAAGAGUUGUUUAUGAUCAAAUGUCACAUCAUUUUGAAGGUAAAAGCUUUCUUGCUGAUGUUCGAGAAGUUUCAGAGAAAUGUGGACUUGUUUCUUUACAGAAACAACUACUUUCCCAAAUCUUGUUUGAUGAAAGCUUCAAUUUUUUCAAUGUUCAUGAAGGGAAAGUCAUAAUUAGCCACAGGUUCUCUCACAAAAGAGUUCUUGUUGUUCUUGAUGAUGUUGAUAACCUACAGCACUUGAAAUGCUUGGUUGGAAGGCGUUAUUGGUUCGGUGUAGGGAGUAGAAUCAUUGUAACAACAAGAGAUGAACAUUUGCUCCGAUCUUAUCGAGUUGAUGGUGUGUAUAAGCCUACAACAUUGAAAGCCAAUGAUGCACUUCAUCUUUUCAAUUUGAAAGCUUUCGAUUGCAAGACAGCGCCAAAAGAGGAUUUCAUUGAGCUUGCUAAACAUAUCGUAGGUUAUGCUGGUGGACUCCCAUUAGCUCUUGAAGUUUUGGGUUCUUUUCUGUGUGAUAGAGAUGCAAGGCAAUGGGAAAGUACAAUAGAAAGACUUGAAAGAGAUUCUAACAAAGAAAUUCUUGACAGACUUCAAAUAAGUUUUGAUGGACUGGAAGAAAGGGAGAAAAAUAUAUUUCUAGAUAUAGCAUGCUUCUUUAAUAGGGAGGAGAAAGAUUUUGUAAUGAAAAUAUUGGAUGGUUGUGAGUUUUUUCCAGAUAUUGGAAUUGAUGUUCUUAUUAAAAAAUCUCUACUAACUAUUAACAGAACAACCAGUUGUUGAUGCAUGACUUGCUACAAGAAAUGGGAAGAAAAAUUGUUAGGGAAAAAUCUAUCGAUGAACCUGGAAGACGUUGCAGAUUGUGGGAGGAAAGAGAUGUAUAUCAUUUGCUAACAAAAGCAACUGUAAGUAAUUCCAUAAAAAUUAUAUAUAUGUAGCUUACUUUAUUCAA